AUGUCGAAGAACACUUCCUUUCAAGACGACGUGCCAUGGCGAGUUUCAUCAUCUUCACUGAAACCAUUACCCAAAAUUCACCACUCUCCUAUUCUUCGCGUUUCUCACACACCUCUCUCCGAUUAUGCAAUUUCCAUCAUGAGGCAUCCAGACCCUAUAGGGAAUGGUUUGGGUGAUGGAGCUAUAGUGGAAGCAGCUGGUCCUGAAUGCUUAGUACCUGGUCAAAGUGCUCCCAUUAAACUACUUGGUCUCAAGGUCUGGCCUAUAGAAGUUGACUUGAAAUUUUUGGAACCCGUCGGGCGAGAACUUAAGGCGCUUGGGAAGGAUGCUGAGGGAAUUUCAGAUGCUGAAGUUGUUCUCAUGUCAGAAGAAGUUGUUUCUCAUGCCCUUGAAACCAUUAUUGAAGAAGAACAUGUUGCACCAAAAGUUGAAAAAGUUAAUGACACAGGUAAAAUCACUUUUGCUAUGCUUGUUUUGCUUGGAAUUCCGAUACAUCUAGCCAUUAUGGAAGAAAGCAUAUUAGAUCAGUUGAAUGAAGAGUUGAAAGAGAAAAUAAAGAAUGAUGUUUAUGACAUGGCUCCUUGGAAAUCUCCAAGUCCAGAUGGAUACCGUGUAGGCUUUUAUCAAAACUCUUGA